UUGGACUAGCGCACUACUUUGUUAUUUAUUAGAGUAGAUCUAGUCUAGAUCUGGAUCUAUUAGAUCUAGAUCUAUAUCAUUUAGACCUCUAGAUUUUAAGAUUUUAUUUUCUAGAUCUACUAGGAGUCUAGGUAGACUAGAUCUAGAGGUAGCCGUAAAAAACACCAGAUAACCACAACAGAGGAACUAUAUAUGUUAGUGCUUUCUAGGUUCAACAAAAGGAGCCUCUUUUAAAAUUUGGUGUGAUGCAUCCAUCACUACGACUUGAUAAAAUAUGCUUUCUUAAGCUAAUGAAAAGCUUAUCUAAAGGACUUUAUAAUGAAGCAAGGUAUUUUUCAACAAAUGUAACCAGAUAUUAUCUGCAUCAGAAUCAUCUGGUCAACUUAAAUAACAGCUCACAUUUUUAUCAUCAGAACCAUUUUUUGCAGAGCUGCAUAUCUCUGGAUAAGCAUUACUCAAAUUAUUUUAUUAUAUGUAUCGGAAACAUUUCAAGGAUUUUACUGUUUGUCCCUUCUCAUUAUAAUACAAAUGUUAGCUUUGUACGAUGGUAUAGAAGUCGAACUAGAGACAUGCGACAGCAAGAUAGUAAUUUAGUUGAGGCUGAGGAAGUAGACAACACCGUCAGUGUGAUGGACAGAGUGACUCCAAAUGAACUGUCUGAUUUAAACAUGAAACAAGGGGUUGUCAGUGUUCAUGAAAAAGGCAUAGAACCACAUACAAGUUCUAAUGAAGUCCAAAAUGUUGAUGAAUUUACUCUUCCUGAACUGUCAAGAACCUCAAUGAGUCUUGUACCUUACGUCAAGAGGUCACUAACUCUUCAGAAAUUGGUCAUGCUAGGUGUAAAUUUGGACAAAGUUCAAAGGGUUAAAGAAGUUCCUGAGCUGUUGCUGAAGUCUGAUUUUAAGAAAGACUUACUUCCACUGUUCAAGUUUUUGUCAAACAUUAAAGUUCCAGUGAAAGAUAUGGGGAAAAUCUUUACAGAAAAUCCAUUGCUGUUUAAAGAAAAUGCUCAAAAUCUGGAGCUUAGAGUGGGUUAUAUGAUUCAUAAAAAAUUCAGCUUAAAAGAUAUUGCUUCAAUGACCAUCAGAUGUUCAAUAUUUCUUUUAAUGGAUCCCCAUAAGCUGGAUGAGAAACUAGGGUUUUUGCAAAAUACUUUUCAAUUGACAGGACAAGAAGUGAGACAUGUUGCAAUGACUUAUCCAAAAAUAUUGCCAUGGAGACAAGAAUUGAUAGCAGAUGUCAGGUUUCACAUCAAAGAAUUUAUUGGAUUUAGUGAUUCUGAACUUAAAGAGAUUAUUCUGAAAGAACCCAGCCUAUACAUGAAUAAUAAGAAUGCUAUGGUCAAGAGGUUUGAGUAUCUCCACAACACAAUGUUGCUAGAUCACCAUCAGGUAGUGCAGUGGCCAGGUGUUCUGUCUUCAAGGAUGUUCAUCAUUAAGACUCGUCACAUGUUUCUUCUCUCACUGGGCAGGGCUCAGUAUGACCCAUGCCAAGAGAACUUCGUCUCUCUUAAGGCUUUGGUCACCGGCACUGACCAGGAGUUCUGUCAUAAUGUGGCUAAAUGUGAUGUCAAUAAAUUUUAUGAUUUUUGUAAAACUAUUUAAUUAAAAAACAAAAAACUG